AACUUUUGUCUUUGCAUUCCAAAUUGUUUUUGCACUUUAAUCAUUCGCUGAGUUUUGAUUUUCUGGUUCUUUUUAAAUAUUUCUGUGCAUCAUUAGUGUCAAGACUCUAAGAGUAACAAGGAGCAACAUCUACGUGACUAUUUCCUAUCCGUACAGUCGGACGACCAAAAUGAAGCGACAACGAAUUGGAACUUCUUCGGCAAUACCAGUAGCUCCCAAAGCGAGGCCCGUUCUUAAGCCGUCCACGAAACUCAACCGGAUUCAAGUAGCUGCUCCGGAGUCAAUGUCGUACAGAGAGCUGGUGAAGGUGGUCGGAGUGGAUCCGGAAUCAAAUCCUUUAUAUUGGCGCAAAGCGAUCGAUCACUCGGCGGAGACAGUUGUCUUCUUCCAAGUGGAUCUGCGCGGCACGGUGCCAAAAAUGUGUAAGAGCGUGCGCAUCUGUCAAGAGGAGGAGAACCAUCAGAUGCGUCUGGUGCCCUCGGUGUACAUCGGGGAGAGCCUGCUCAGCGCCACUUACGUCCAAACCAUCAUCGGAAAGCGCUUCUUGACGGACGAGGACGAUCUCAUGAAACUACUCGAGCACGCGGGCAUUCUGCACGAGGACGCGGAAUUUUUCGAAGAAAACGCGGAAGAUGGGGACGGCGACCAUGGUGAAGAUGAAGCAGGCGAGAAUGAGCCAAAUGAGCCUGGACCAGACCCGAAAAGAGCGCGAGUGGCGGAAAAACGACAAGUUGUGAUGGAACCCGCGCAGUCUUCGGGCCGACGAAGAACAACCAGAUCUUCAGCAGCAGCAGCCACAGUCUCACUAAAAGCAGCCGAGCGGAAAUUGCCAGUGAAUGGCGGACGCCAACCUGUUGAUCUCUCCCCGCUUCUCAUGCUCGGCAACACCGGCGGCCUGUUGUCGUCCGGUGUUGAGAAGGUCUCACUGCCGGAAGACGAUACUGCUAUGGUUACCGAUGUCGAUGAUGAUGGCUCGCCUGGUGCUGACGUGAAUGAGGACAAUUUGCCACUGGGAUGCGACAUGGGCCACUCUUCCGACAUGGAAUCUGAGGCUGAUUGUGGAGCAGCCAACAGUCCCCAGAGUCCGUUAAGCAGAAAGGAAACGGAAAGGGAUGAUAGUUCUGACCCUGUUCAAGAUCACGCUACACUGUUUCCUUACGAAAUUAAGGGGACCGAAAAGAAGAAAGUAGAACUGGUGCCCAAUCUGCCUGGUAAACCGAUCUGGAUCGAGAAAGUUCUCCAUGACCGGCUAGUCACGUCCGGUCGCGAUUUCGAACCCGGCAAAUGGCUGAAGCAGCUGCUUGCCUACCUCAUCCAAGGAACCUCCGACUACAAAGGCGAUGGCCUGCGACUGCUGUACGAGAAACGGGCGCAGUUUCUCGCGGAAAACGACAAACAACAGCCCGGGAUUAAGGCCCUCCUGGGCGACGAAUUUAUUUUAGCGGCUGAAUCCUAUUUCACUGCCGCUCACGUGAAAGGCCGCGAAGAGGGGUUUAAGGGUGGUAUGGUGACUGCGGCUUUUAACGCCUGGAAGGAUUAUCACAUCAAGGCCUACGCCAAGAAACAUAAUCUUCCGUGGUGAUCUCCUAGUCAACGCGAAAUCGCUGCGUAACACGUUCACUCCUUUUUGCCUCUGUUAGUUGUAUUUUGUUUGUCCCUUGUCGAUUGCGAAUGGCAAUUUGUUCACAGUUCACGUAAUUACAUUUGUGUUUCCCGAUAAUAACUGGAUCCAUGUUAUAAUUUUUUCGGAAACCUUGCUGUUGAUUUACUCCUCUCUUUCGUCGUAAUAUGCAGUACUGCAAGCAUAGCAGCCGCAGAAAAGCAGACUGCGGUAAUUUUAUUAUAUAGCAGCACCAAAGUAACAAGAAUAAAGGUACAAUCAUGGUGG